CUCAGCUGAUAGCUGGGCGGACCAGUCUGGGAAGAGCGUGUCUCGCAUGCACACACAGUAGCGCAGGGCCCUCGCUACAGACCAGCGAUCCGCGCCAUCUAGGAAUCCACUGGACCACCUGCUGCUCGUCUUGUGAAGACCAGGCCGCCAAAGACUGCCCGACCAUGCCUAGCGCCGUGCGCUGGGCGCUGCUCCACCGGCAGGUGUCGGCGCUAUCCGCGCCCGCCGCCGCCUCCGGCGCCGCCCCCGCCAGGAGGCGCUUCUGCAUCAUCACGCCGACGCCGCCCCUGCCGCGAGCACCGCCGCCCCCGCGGCCCACGGCGCUCCUGGAUCUGCACCGCUCGCUGGGAGCGCGCCUCGUCGAUUUUGCGGGCUUCCUGCUGCCCGUCUCGUACCGCGACCAUCCGGACCCCGCCGCCCACCUGCACACCAGGCGUCACUGUUCGCUGUUUGACGUCUCCCACAUGAUGCAGACCGAGGUGCGCGGCAGGGACCGUGUGGCGCUGGUGGAGCGCCUGACUCCGGCCGACGUGCAGUCGCUGCCCGACAACGCGGCCGCGCUGUCCGUCUUCACCCACCCACACACGGGGGGCGUGCUGGACGACCUGGUCGUCACCAAGACGGCCCUGGGCUACCUGCACCUCGUCUCCAACGCCGCGCGCCGCGACCACGACCAGCAGCUGCUCAGGGAUGCAGAGGCGGAGCUGCGCGCGGCUGGUCUGGACGUGGAGGUGCGGUUCCUGGAGCCCUCGGAGAUGUCGCUGCUGGCGCUGCAGGGCCCGGAGUCGGCGGCGGCGCUGCAACCCUGUGUGGACGUGGACCUGUCGGCGCUGGGGUUCAUGCGCUCCACGCUGGCCACGGUGUGUGGCGUGCCCCGAGUCAGGGUGACUCGCUGCGGCUACACGGGGGAGGACGGCUUCGAGCUCUCCGUGCCCUCCGCCUCUGCCACCCAGGUGGCCCAGAAGCUGCUCGCGUCCAGGAAGGUCCCCGUCAGGCCGGCGGGGCUCGGCGCCAGGGAUUCGCUCAGACUGGAAGCUGGACUCUGCCUGUACGGGUCCGACCUGGAUGAGACGACGACGCCUGUGGAAGCUGGACUCUCAUGGCUGAUUGCUAAGAGACGGCGAGCUUCGGCGGACUUCCCCGGCGCCGGCGUGAUCCUGGAGCAGCUGCGCUCUGGGCCCCCGAGGAGGCGCGUGGGGCUGCGUUGGGAGGCUGGACCGCCAGCGCGAGCGGGGGCGGCGGUGGUGGCCGCCCUCAGCGACGCCGCCCCGGCGCAGGUGGGCCGCGUCACCAGCGGCUGUCCGUCGCCCUCGCUGGGCGGCAGCGUCGCCCUCGCCUAUGUGGACUCGCAGUACUCGAGGCCCGGCACCUCACUGGCUGUGCAGGUGCGCGGCCGCGACGUGCCCGUAGAGGUGUGCCGGCUGCCAUUCGUGCCGCACCGCUUCUACAAGAAGGACCAGCAGUAGAGUGUACCCACAACCUGGAGUCUCAAACAGCUACGCUUUCUCGACACCAACCCUCAAGACAUUUCUAGAUCCAUUGCUUCAGUCACCAUCAGCCAACGAAUCUCACAAUCUUUGGAUGUGCAAUCAACCAAUAACUGCUAUGGUCAACACCAGGAACCCCCUCUGCUUGCCAGACGUCCCAGCCAGCUACGAUGUCUUUCUGGUAGUGGGACUGAAGACAUUUCAGUUCCCAUCACCUCAGCCACCAUCGAUCAAUCCCAGUGAUUUGACAAGUAACACCUAAGCAGUCACCAGUAAAUCCACUAUUCAACAGCUGAACUCUCUUCUGGCUGCCUGGCGGCUCAAGCUCUUACAUUCUGGCACCACAGCUGAAGACGUUUCUACAUCCACCAGCUAAGUCAUGAUCAGCCAAUGAAUCCCUUAGUCUUUUAACAAGCAGCAACUCACUAAUGAUCGAGUAACUUCAGUGGUCAACACCAGGACGCUGCUCUGGCUGCCUGGUGUCCCGACCAUCCAAUACCUGGUGUGAAGACGUUUAUGUAUCCAUCAUGUCAGCUAUCAUCAGUCAGUAAACCUCUCAGUCGUUAGACAAGUAGCACUUCGGCAGUAACUAAAUGCAGUGGUCAGCAGCUGAAUGCUCUUCUGGCUGCCUGGCAUCUCAAGCUGCUAUAUUCUGGCACCACAGCUGAAGACGUUUCUACAUCCACCUGCUAAAUCAUCAUCAGCCAAUGUGUCGCUCACUGUUUUGACACACAUCAUAUAAGCAGUCACCAGUGAAUU